CAUUUUUUUUUUUUUCCGCAUCUACAAUGACCGAACAAUAAGUAUGGUUAAGUAUGUUUUCUUCACUGAUUAUUUCCACCCUCAAUUUUGAUAGACAAAUUCAUUUUUUUUCCUUUCUUUCUUUUUUUUAUGCAGAUAGAAAACAGUCCACAUGAAUUUGCCCUCUACUGCAUUCAUCAAAUUGGAGAGAAGCGGAGGUUGAGCAGUUCAGAUCUGCCAUUAUUGGAGCGUGUUCUACAGGGACCAUCAAACAGCAUCAUGAAAAUGUUCCUCAUGGAUGCAGACGAACAGGAAAUUAGCCUUGAUGUAGCUCAGUACCUCAAUUUAGAGAUGCCCAUUUUGAAGGUAAUCCUGCAGAAGCUGGAAGAGCAAGAGAAUCAAGAAGUACAAAGAAUAAUCGCAAAAUAUCAAAAGGAACGGAGUCUCUUGUUGCAGUGCUUGAAAAAAAAGAUGCCGGUUAAAACGGAGACAACUGUAUAAAUGAAGACUUGGCAACGGGAAACUGUUUCCAACUGUUGUGACGACAACCACAGAGUAAAAAGAGAAAUGGAAAAUAAAAUGGAAAUUGAGCCUUCAGGACUAGAAGCCAGGAAUCAGGAGUGCGAGAUGUUCAUACAGGAUUUUGAUUUUAUAUAUAUAACAUUUAAGCUUUACUGUUAAGUUUGUGGUGAUGCUGUAUAUAAUGUAAAAUAGUUUUCACAUAAAUGUAAUUACAAUAUUUAUCAUGUGAGGAAACUAAAUAAAAUACUGAUAUUUGAUUGGCAGUUUAUUUGUGGAUUAACUGUUGCUCUAUGGCUAUACAUAUAUACUGUGGUUUACUCUCAAGGUUUUUUUGUUCUUGGAAAUGUUAUAAACAAGUUUCUGUUUAAAUAAGUUCCAACUGGCUUACUGUAGCAUUCUGGAAAGUGUCUGUCAACGGGAGAUUCUAAACUCAAAAACAUUUCAAUCAUUUAAAACCACGAUUUCAUUACAUAAUUAUUUAUAAUUAUCAUUACAUAAUUUGCGUUUGAAUAGUCUUAUGAAUAAAUAAUAAUCUCACUUUACUAUAACAUUCUUAUCUUUAAA